CUUGCGUGAUGACGUUGUAAUGGGGGUUCAGAGGUGGCAGCUGUGGGUUGAUAUCAAUGACUGUCGGUAUUUGGAAUAUAAAACUGUUUAAAAGUUAGGUAAAAGGCCCUGACCGUUUUUAAACAAGGUCAAACAAAUAAAGAAGGACCACAAUUCCAUGGUCAUUUUCUCGAUUGAGAGUUUGUUUGUUUGUUUUUGAUGCCUUGCUUGUAGAGCUGGCACUAUGCCCGCGGCUACUGUGGAUCAUAGCCAAAGAAUAUGUGAGGUUUGGGCUGACAACCUGGAUGAAGAACUCAAAAGGAUCCGCCAGGUCAUUCGAAAAUACAACUACAUUGCCAUGGACACAGAGUUUCCAGGUGUAGUUGCGAGACCGAUUGGAGAGUUCAGAAGCAAUGCUGACUACCAGUACCAGUUACUGCGAUGUAAUGUAGACUUGCUAAAGAUUAUCCAGCUGGGCCUUACCUUUAUGAAUGAACAGGGUGAAUAUCCACCGGGAACUUCAACAUGGCAGUUCAAUUUUAAGUUUAACCUCACGGAGGACAUGUAUGCACAGGACUCCAUCGAGCUCUUGACAACAUCAGGCAUCCAGUUCAAGAAGCACGAGGAGGAGGGGAUUGAGACAUUGUACUUGGCUGAACUGCUCAUGACCUCAGGGGUGGUGCUCUGUGAGGGCGUCAAGUGGCUUUCUUUCCACAGUGGCUAUGACUUUGGCUAUCUGAUAAAGAUUCUGUCCAACUCUAACCUGCCCGAAGAGGAAGUGGACUUCUUUGAGAUCCUUCGCCUGUUCUUCCCCAUCAUAUAUGAUGUCAAGUACCUCAUGAAGAGCUGCAAAAACCUCAAGGGUGGGCUACAGGAAGUGGCAGAACAGCUGGAGCUGGAGAGGAUUGGCCCCCAGCACCAAGCUGGCUCAGACUCACUACUGACAGGCAUGGCAUUCUUCAAGAUGAGAGAGAUGUUCUUUGAGGAUCAUAUCGACGAUGCAAAGUACUGUGGUCACUUGUACGGGCUGGGUUCAGGCUCUGCAUAUGUCCAGAACGGCACAGGGAACGCCUACGAGGAGGAAGCCAAUAAACAGCUGUCAUGACAUCAUCACUGGGAUCUUUCUGGAUGGUCUGCUCUAGUCAAUUACUAUGACGACUGGAAUAAUGGAAGAACAAAAGCAUAAUAUAUAUAUAUAUAGAUAUAUGU